CAGACAUGUCUCAGUUUAAGGAGCUCUUGGAUAAAGGGGGGCGGCUCUAUGAGCGCUACAGAGACUACGUGAGGAGGAAUCCAGCUGCUACUGCACAGCUGGAGAGCACGGUGCGGACUCUCUCCUACCUGAUCGCAGGGCGGUUUGCAGACUCCCAUGAAAUAUCUGAAUUAGUGUACUCCGCCUCCAACCUCCUGGUGCUGUUCAAUGACAGUAUUCUGCGUAAAGGCCUGAGAUCUGCCUUCCCUGUGUCUCUCUCCCAGCAGAGGCUCCUGACCUGGCUGUCUGUGUUGGAGUAUGUGGAGGUGUUCCUGGAGAUGGGGGCCUGCAAGCUGUGGGGCGACGUCGGCCGCUGGCUGGUGAUCGGACUCAUUCAGAUCUUUAAGGCGAUAUUUCGUAUCGUGCUUCUUUUGUGGUACAAAUCUGGCAUCCAGACUUCACCUCCCAUAAACCCUCUGGACAGAGGAGCAGAUUUUGUCAGUGAAGAUGACGCUGACGGGGAGCAGCAAGACGACGCCUGCUUCGUGGGCCAGAGGUCAGGGCGGUCCAUCAGGCCUCUGGGCAGCGCCCCCUCCCUGCAAGCCCGGCAGUGGGGAGCACCGAGUCAGAGGAAGAGGAGGAGCAGCUUAAGUGGGGAGAAGCUCCACAGCAAGCCGACACAGAUGAGCCUUCAGGAGACCGUCGCAGAGUCGGUGUACAUCGGACGGCCGCUCGUGCACUUGCUCUGCCUCGGACUCUGUGGGAAACAGUCCUGGAAGCCGUGGCUCGUCUCCGGAGUCCUCGAACUCUCCAGUUUCGCUGUGCUCAGCGAUAAAAAGUUUCAAAAUCGAUGGGAGAGGAACGAGAUGAGGAGGAGAACAUUUCUUCUGCUGUACUACCUUCUGCGGUCACCCUUCUAUGACAAAUACUCAGGGGAAAAGAUUCUCUUCCUGCUCAGACUUCUGGCCGAUCAUGUUCCAGGAAUUGGCCUUGUGGCGCGCCCUCUGAUGGAUUACCUCCCCACCUGGCAGAAGAUCUACUUCUACAACUGGGGUUAAAAGCUGCUGGACGCGCUCCCAUCUGUGACAUUACUGCAAGUCAACAAGGGCAACGGCGAGGACCAAACUGUGGAGCCCACAGGAACAGACACUUGCCAUUAACUCCCCAAAAAUCUGAUAAAUUGAUGUGGAAGUGAUUACCACCUCUGACUGACAGUGACAACCUUCUUAACAAAAUGACAUGAUUAUCACAUUAUAUUCAGUAAUCAACGGAUUUUUCUCUUUUUUUUCCUUCAGGUUUUAUGACUUUGUUUCUGACGCUCUAAAACACUGCUAAAGAAAAAACAAUCUGCCUCAUGUCGGAGGCUGUCUGUACAGUUUGUGAUAUAUGGAAGAAUGUUGUGAGCACUGUUAUCUUUAUGGUUUCAUUGUUCUCAUCAAGAUACGCUGCAGCGACAGGUGGCCGCUGUUUAUGGCGAACAGGCGUCAGCAGGUCGCUGCAGGGCAGAAAUGUUUCAAGAGGACUCAAAACGAAGGAGCGAUGACUGAGAAGCACAUUAAAGUUGAGUGACAAGUCUCUCAACACGUUGUUCGCACCAGCAGGCGCUGAAUUCCCAGUCCAUGACUCAGUUCUGGACGUUGUUCAUGCACACGCACACACUGAGCUAUUGUAAAAUACCAGCGGAUGAACAUCAUGAAGUCUUGAAACAGCAAAAACAGGUUCUUAAGGCUGUCUGUGUGUGUGUGUGCUGGAGUCAGUGACCAGAACACGGCUGAGGUUUUCAAUCUUUAUUAACAUACUGAAUAAGUUUCUUUUUUGUAGCCUACAAAUAAAUAGUUGAAUGUUU